GGGCUGCGAGUCCGCAGUCGUCUUUCCUCUCCGCUCGGGGUACAAUGUGUCACUCUCGCAGCUCCCUCCCCACCAUGACCGUCCUGCGGGCCGCUACCCCGGUACCCUCCACCAGCCCAGGCCCCCGGCGAAGCUCUGGUCCUGAGAUCUUCACCUUCGACCCUCUCCCGGAGCCCGCGGUGGCCUCGACCGCGCGCCCCAGUGCCUACCGCGGCCACAGAAAGCGCAGCCGUAGGGUCCUCUACCCACGAGUGGUCCGGCGCCAGCCGCCAGCUGAAGAUCCGAACCCUGCCAAAAGACUUCUCUUUCUUCUGCUCACCAUCGUCUUCUGCCAGAUCCUGAUGGCUGAAGACGGUGUGCCGGCGCCUCUGACCCCGGAGGACGCCCGGAGCACUGCGUCCCCGAGCCCCACCCCUGCGCCUCCGACCCUCGAACCCCAUAAUCUGACCGUGGAGCCCUCGGAUUACGCUCUGGACCUCAGCACUUUUCUCCAGCAACACCCGGCUGCCUUCUAACCGUGACUCCCCACACGCUCCCAACGAGACUGAAAAACCAAAGAAACACCAGGUGUUAUCUGGUGCGCGAGAACGUAUCCCAAACUGGGACUGCCGAGGCAACUCGCACUCAACACUACAGGGGAGCUGCCAGCCUGCGCCGGGAUAGGACACGUGCGGACACGUCCCGGCCAGGCCGGGUGGGGAAGAAGGGCGGCGUUAAUUUAUGUCUCAUUGCUCCUAAUUGAUAUUUAAUGUAUUUAUGUCCCCUAAGUGGUAGAGGGGUUAUAUAAUAUUUAUUUUAACUUAUGCGUGGGUGCGAACGUGCCCCUUGCUGCAAAUGCAGGUCUCUUGGUAUUUAUUGAGCUUGGUGGGAUUGGUGGAGGCGCCUAGGACGGAGGAAGGUGGUGGGGGCGCCCCCCCGGCUGUGGGUCAAGGACGGUGGUGGGUUAUUGGUUUACAGGGUGACACUCCGUCCUCCAGCAUCUCAACCCCCUGAGUCUAAUGUGUGAGGCUUCGACGGACUGUUGGGAAUAAGGUCCCUUGGCUUUGGAUUUCCUCUAAGUUGCCCCAAAAGAGUGGCUAUGAAGUGCGGGGUGGGGCCUGCUGAGGGCGGCUUUGGGGUCGUCCGGUAUGUUCUGUGAACACAAAUAAACUCGAUUUACUGUCGGCA